CCCAAAUCGAACAAACAUUGAAGAAUUAGCAUUUCGGCUUGUCAAAGAGAAUGGGCUGCCGUUCUACGUAAAAGCAGAUCUGUGACGGGGUCUGUGAUGGCAGAAUCGAUGUUGCAGAUCUAAUCGCGGAAUAUUGGUGUUGUAUUGGAGACAGGCUAGAUCUACAAUCAUCCAUCUUCAGGGAAAUAUUGUGCUGAAUGUGAAAUUCGGCUACACACAAAUCAAUUGAUUUUAUCUAUUAAUUUCCAAUAUACGUAGGUUUUAGUGAUACCAGUGCUGAAAAACUAAAGUAGGUAAGAAUUGGUUUAAAAUGUGCUGAAGCUAAGCAGCAUUAUACAGAACUCGUGUCAAGUCACACUGCCCUGUUACAGGAACCUACUAAACACUGUCUAAUUUUAAUAUCUAAUUUUGAAUGUUAAAAAAAGUAUAUGUGCCGUUUUUGUUUUCUUCUAUAUAAGAAAACGCACGCCAUGUUUGAAACUGUUGAAUUAAUUUUUGCUAUGUUAAUAACGCUUACAUAUUUGGAGGCAGAUGGUUGUGUCAAAACAUUUACAGCUGCGUGGGACCCGCGCACGUAUGCAGUUAUAAUAGUUAGUAAGAGCAAUAUAUAAUUGAAGUUGUGGGUAAAAUUGUAUUCGUGUGAAUAUGUAUAUAAGUACUACAUCAACAUAGAUCUAAUAAAAUUUAGACAGCUUACAAGGAAGGACGUUUUUUCCAGUGCUUUAAUAACACAUUUCUUUAUUUAUGUUGAUGAUAAUGCUAAAUAGAGAGAAUACGAAAAUAGUAUUAACUGAUACAGUAUAGGCUCAAUUGAUAAGAUUCGGCAACAUCUCUAUCCUGCCAAAUUCUCUCUCUCUACAAGGUUCAGUUUAUAUAUAUAUAUAUAUAUAUAUAUACACGUACGUAUAUAUAGCGGAAAUCCAUGGCCGUUUGACGGAUACCGAAGGACUAAUUUGAUGUGGCUAUAUAAUAUCAUGAACUGGCAAUAAGUAACUAAGCUUUUUGUAAGUAUAGUGUAAUUUAAAAAAUCACAUGUGCAUAAUAUUCAAUGCGAAAUAUUGUACUAGUGCUCUUACCACCAACAUCACAAUAAACAAGACAAGCGUUCAUGGUGAUAAAAGGGAACCAUGAAAAAAAGCUGCGCAUGUAGUCAUUAGUUUCAAAGUCUAAUUUCAAGAUAGUUUUAAGCAUCUUAUCAUUUUAAUCAAUUCUCGAAGAAGCAAUAUCAAUCUGAGCACUUUUUCUCUAGAGAUGUUAGAAAUUUAUAAAGCAUUAGUAAUGUAUUUGUAGUUCUUAAUAUGCGACCAUAUUUUUUGUAGACAAAGAGCAAUUUUUUAGCAAAUAUUUUUUUGCGCGUGUACCCACGUGUUUUUAAGAAAUGCUUAGGUAUCUUUCAAUAUUUAAUGAGAUAGCUCACAUUGCAAUCGGCAUUGAUGAGCGAUAUUAAUCGAUCGUAUUUAGAAAACAUUUACCAAAUACAACAUGAUCAACUUGUAUAAACCCCGAAACUAAAUGCUAUUAACAAUAAAAUAGUAAAGAAAACCAUGUAGAACCGUUUUUUUUUUCCGCAUAUUAGAUAUAUUUUGCUAAAUAAGCAAAGUAGCAGUUAACAAUACGACCGCUUCUCAACGGCCACCAGUUUGUGGCAUAUUUUUCUGGGCACCGUCUAUUUGAUUUGGUUUUAUUGGGAAUUAAUUUGACCUCAAUUAAAAUUGGUCAGCCCUGGGCCAUGAUUAGCGAUCUUAGAAACGCGUUAAAUUGUGGCUCGUCUACAGCGCACACUGCAUUCAAGGUUCGCGCCAGAUGGGGAGUGAGACAUUUUGAGUGGACUUUUUCCUGCUGCCUCUGACGGUGAAAUGUAGACCCUGGCGGCGUGCCGGCUAGUUUAGCGGUAAAAGCCGCCGGCGAUUUAUUAUUGUUUUGAUUACGGAAGCUGUUUGCCCAUUCGCGCCUUUUAGUAGCAGGCGUUUACAUACUCCGUCGUUGUUUCCGUGACGUUCGGAAGGAGGCUCUAGAUUUGAUGAUCAGCUAGCAAAGAAAAAUGGACAAAUGGUGAUUUAUAGUAACGGCAUUUACGUGUACAAUUUUAUUUUAUCACUUUUUGUAAUGAAGGCCACUGCACGUUCCUGUUGAACUUUAUAGUUUCGUGGUCACGUCGUGAAUAAUUUAUUUUUGCAGUCUUCUGUAAUCACUGUGCGCGCAUGCGUGCCUGUUCGUCCAGAGGAUACCUUUUCGCUAAUUCCAUAGUUUACAACGAGAUUUGGUGGUGCAAUUGCUUAUUCGCGUAUCGACGUCUUUUUUUGGAAAAUAUCUAUUAAAAAUAUGGUAUCGAUACGUUUUGCUUGCAAACAAAGCUUCAAUCAAAGUUAGGCAACUAACAAAUCUGAACCGAUAGGAUGCGCUAUGUGUUCACGAACCAAACCUAGUCAUUUGUUUGACAGUAACUGAGGUAAAUCACUGACCUAUAAAGACAGAGUUCUGGAUAUUCAUUUACUGAAUGACUGCUAAUAGACGUUGAAACAAGUACUUGUCUGCAAACUACAGUGGAGCGAACAACAAUUCAUUGGACGACGUUUGUUAGCGCGAACUCUGUCGUCACUUAUGCAUUUCGCAUAUGAACGGCGCUAGUCACUCGCAUAUGAACGAAGAUGUCACAGUUUAUAGUGUACGAUUCGAUCGCUCCCGAAGUGCCCAUUAUCUUUGAAUCGUCGAACCAUGAGCCGUACGAGUCCUCAGCUAGUUCCUCUUCAAAGUUUGCAGAUGCUUUCAGUCAGCUGAUGCCGCUUGAAACAACAACUAGGAGCAAUAGAAACGAUUAUACAAAUAGUGUACAGGAUCAACGGCAUACGCAACAACAUCAUGUCGCCACCGCGCUAAAUAUAGAACACCACGGUGAACAUGCUGCGUACAGUGCAACUAACGGGUAUCGUCCAUCACAGCAGCAACGUCAUUCUAGUUCUACAGCGCAUAACGCUGAGGCUUCUGCAGGCGCCUCUUCUUGUUCUUUUACGUCCGCUGAUGUCUACAACGGCUUAAACAGCGAGAGCAGUCAUACGAGGGUGCAUCGUGGGUGUAGCUCAAGCGAGAAUGUACCUUACGGCGGUGAUGGGCGGCUUUUGGGUUUUACCAAUGACGAGGGAGAGUCGAAGCGUGCGCGCAAAUCGAACAUCGCCAAGUUCAGGGAUUUUGUAGUUCAAAAGGUUGUUCGCAACUCCAGAAAACAGGGUCAUGUUGCAACGAACAGUGAGGCCGUCACAAAUUGUAAUCGAUGGCGGUUGCAAGAUUGUUCAGAACAAGACAGCUGCUUCGUCAGAGAAAGCCAGAACAAUGAGGAACUCGAUGAAACCAACAGAAUGAGUAAUGAUGUUGAUUAUUUUUUGAACGAAAGCCAAGAGCGGGGUACGGCAAAUGGGCGUGGCAGCAGAGGUUACUUACGAAGAGGCCACGGAAGUGGCUCUAGACGAGGUCAAGCUGGCAGAUUAGGAAUAGGCCGUGGCCGGGGAUCAGCACGAGACCGAUGCUCGGAUAGUGCUAGCGGUCAAAGUCAGAAUCAAAUAUUAACUCAUGAUGAAAGGCGUAGGAGAUCAUCUGGCCGAGGUCGUGGGAGGGGAUAUGGCCGCGGACGUGGAAGAGGAUUCGGUCGAAGUGAUAAUCGGGUUCAAGGGUCGACAGGCCACCGGGGAAGAGGUCGUGGUAGAGGCGCGAGCAUCGCCCUAAGCCCAGUAUUGGCAGUAGUAGGUCGAGGUAAAGCCAAGGGACCAGGACGCCCGAAAGGUCCGGGACGCCCCCGGGAAUCUGGUAGAGGUCUAGACCUUAAACACCUUGAAAGCAGAGCCUUUAGCGGUAGUCGGGGCCGGGGCCGAGGCCGAGGUCGAAAUAAAAGUGUAAUUGCGAUCCGUCGUGGCCAUAGUCAAAGUGAAGUUUUGGGAUUGCGCUGCAGAGCUGAAAGCCGCGGUGUACACGCAAGUCAGCGUGGAAGUAGUGCUAUGGCACAAAUUCAGAAUCGACGCAUCACUCUCGGUCGCAAUCGGGGGCCAGGUCGUGGUAGAGGCAAUUCGCUGCAUUUCCUCUUUACUUACGAAGAACAAAUCAAUGAGAAUUUUGAUGGCGAAUGUCAAGGGAGUGAUUACUCGCUGGAGACGUCUUGUAUAUAUGACGAUAGCGAAGACUCUUUUGAGGCUGACUCAACUGAUAUGGAUGAUGAGAGUGAUAUCUUGUUGGACGCGGACAGUGGCGACGGUUGUGAUAAUGAAAGUCGAUUGUUGCCCUCAAAAAGAAGCUCCGGAGGUAGAAAACCUGGUAGAAAAAAAUCCUUUUUUUUUGGCGGGGAAAACUCCGACAAGCUCGAAAAAAUAAAACAAAUUCUUGAUUUAAGUCGAGUUCAACUUCGCAAAACGACCACUCAAAAAAGAGACGCAACUUCAACAACCGCAGAGGGGGAUAGCCUCGCUGAAAUUAAACACGUUGUCGAAAAAGUCGAAAAGAUUGGAGAUACACUAAUUCCAAACGGUUCAUUAAAGGAGGCACAAGUUGGCACUCUAAUGGCUGAAACAAGUGAACGACCUGGUCCAGCGUGCACGAAAAAGCCACGUCCUCUGUACGAUGAAUUGAUGAUGCGAAUGAAGGCUCAAUGUGGGCCUGAUCUUCGAGUAACUCUUACGCGGAUUGAGGUGCCGGCAACCUAUGACAACAUUUCUUUCUGUCGUUUGGAUCUCCGCAGGAAGGAGCCGCAUCUCUCACGAGUGAUCAUAUCGCACAAUAACAGCAAACGCACAGUUGUUACCCUACGGGACGUUUUGUAUCCAUCCGGGGAUAUGGGGUCAUGGCGAGAUGUAGCUAAGAUCACAAAGCGACCUACUGCAAAAGCUCUAACGACGGGCAACUCAGCUGGCGGAGCAGCAGCAGCAGGGCUUCUUGCUGUUGAUCAUGUUAAGGAUGGAACAUCUACAGCUUCAAGUACUACUUCUAUCGAAGAUCUACAAACGUCCCCAAAUGGAACUUUUAGCAGCAUUAGCUAUAGUAACGAUAACGACAAUUUUUUGUAUCUGGCUCAGCAUGAAGAGAAACGACUUUACGAACGAUUGCUUCUUGAAGACUGGAGGAUAACGAAAGCCAUUCAGGCUGACCCGACUCGCUUUAGAAGAACACGUAGUGACAUCGAAGGUCAUUCCAACAGUGAGACAACGAAUAGUGAUAAGUGUCCCGAAGCAAAAUAUCGUAGAUUAGAUAACAUCGGAGUGGGCGAAUUGCAGAGUGAUAGCAGAACCGAACCGACAGCAGAAUCACCAGUGCAGGUGGACGGACGUAAUAAUAACAAGGAUGAAGCAGCGUUCAUUGAGGUAAACCAACUUAGACAAAGGCUACGCGAAUUGGAGGAGGAAAAUCUCCGGAUGCUCAACACAUUGACGCGACAACAACGCCAACAGAUGGAUAAAAAAAGAAAAAAAGUCUUCACCAUAGCCGGUCUCUACCAGCCACAAGUGCUUAUGCAAGAUUUGAAGCGCUUUUCGGCUUUGAGAGACUCUGUCUCAAGUAGUAAAAGAGCAAUCGACAAAAAUGAAGACAGCCUCUUGUCUGUACCAACACCACCAAUGUUACCCCAUAUAAGUAAGCUUUCUGGAAAGAAUACAACCAGGGCUGUAUAUCGCCGCGCGUGUACUGUCUCUCAGUCUACGGAUAUUCGUAGAUAGUCAAAGAAGCAGAAUUUGGUGUAAAAAUAAGUUCCAGUCUUGCAAUUGAAUUGACAAACGUCAGAGCCGUCAAAGGCAUAACUAAUAAAUAGAAGCGAUUUACCGAAAGCCCGCAAAAGGAUACAAAGAAUAGUUACCGAUCAAGGAUUUCCUGGUUGGGUUGACAAGAAAUGGAGAUCUCAAGCGCCAGCUGACCACCUCAAUAAUAUUAACAGCCGGAAGAACCCGUAAUAUUUAUUCUGUACAUUUAAUGAGAUAAAUCAAAUCUUAAGGGGCUUCUCGCUUAAGGAAAUCACCCCUUUGAACUAAAGUCGGAGAAAUCAGGAAAUGAAGGAUUGAAAUGUGUAAAUAUGCGUAGUUCCAGAAAAAUUAAGCAAAUAGUAAACUGAGUUAAGAUGUUGAUAAUCUAUAUUUUGGUUCAGUAAUCUGAGUUAAGCUUAAAAAGGUGACCGAAACAAAGCUGGUUUUUAUUUUGGAAGAUAGAACUGAUGGUAACUUUCAAAUCCAACAGGGGUACGAGGCUGAACUCAGCUGAAAAGCAGUCCCCGCAGUACGUAACUGUGUUUAGGUUUUCUAAUUAAAUUUUUCCUUUAGAUAAUUGUUGACCAUUCGUUGUGCAUGAACUGACAAGAGGGUCUGGUGCGCUUAAUGGCAGCCUAGGUGGACAGAAUCCAGGUCACUUUAUGUUAGGACUAAAAGCAGUGGUAUUUGUCUGCCCACUGGCCUUUUAAUCGCAACGAACUAUUGAUGGUGUAUCGCUUUUUACAAGAAUCGAUUCCUCGCCAUUGACCCAUUUAGGGUAAUAGGGAAAUAUUAGGGUAAUUUUGGAAUAAUUAAAAGGUCCUUUGUCAAAAAUAAGACAUAUGCGUUAUGUGUAGGGAGUUAAAUAGGCCUACAAAAAUCAAAGAGCCAUCUUGACAAAUAAUUAUUUUUAAACAACUCCCAUAGCGACAAAGUACCAUUUAAUAUUGCUGAAGUAUUGUUGAAGAUAACAAAAAUAAUUAGACUGAACAAUAUGAAGGUGAUUUGAGAAACAAAUAAGAACAUAGGCAGUACUGUAAAUUCAAAGAAAUUUCAUGUUUCUGCUUUUAGUAAAUACACCACCUCAAAUUUGAUGAAAGUUCAUCGUCCUUGUUGGAGAAACUAUUAGACAACAGAUGACUUUUCCUUUUUUUUUUUAAAUAUAAAUCAUGAUCUUCUGUGGACCUCAUAUACGAGUGCUUGCCAUAGAUAUUUGAAAUCUGCUACAAUUUUCACGUAGGCUACGUGGUUCUGAACAGGAAAAAGUAGUCACUUAGACACGAAGUGUAUCAACUUGUUAUAUCUUGGUGAUUUUUCAUUUGAAAGAUCAACUUUAGAUUCUGUAUACAUUAAAAACUCUAUAAAUGAGGUAGGUCUACGUUAUUUUAGCAAUCGUUAUCUCUGAACUCUGUCUGGCACAGACUACGUAUUAUAGAUUGCUAGUUCAGUUCGUUGGUAAAUGACGAAAUGUCAACGGCCGUUAUAAUAAUUUUUAUAUCUAAUUUUUUUGUGAAAGCUGAAGUCUUGCGCACAAUGGCCAAGGUAAAUGCGAACGAAGCGCGGCCUACCACUUGGAAAGGGUCGAAUUGGAGAAAAACAAAUACUCAUGUUUGUCACAAUGAACUUCAUAGUGAAAUGACCUACUGAAGCCUGGCAAAAACGUUAUUUUGACAAGCAUAGUGCCCUUGGGAACGGGCAAUUGCUGGUGCUAUAGACCGCCAAGGCUUUCAUAUGGUAGUUUACUAUAGAGUAAAACGGCCUCUAUAUAUACAUAUAUAUAUAGCUGUCUGCAGAUCAAAAGCCUUGUAUGUGUGUAUAUAUACAACAUUGUUU